AUGGAGCCGCUUUUGUCACCGAACUCGGAGAGCUCUGCCGGGGGCAAAAGCCCCGGAGCCAGCGUUGACCGCACACUUUGGACGCUUGGUCUAUAUGCUGCUGUCGGCGGCAUCGGCAUCAGCUAUGCCAUGCUUGGCCCCACGUUGCUAGAUCUCACGGAGCGUCUCGAAUGCUCGCAGAGCCUUGCCGCGCUGCUCUUCUCUGCCCGUGCCGGUGGCUACUUGCUGGGCGCCACAGUUGGUGGCCCGAUGGUGGACAAGUCUCCCAACCCAGCCCGCUUGCUGUUUUUCGGUACGGCCGGCAGUGCAGUUGGAGCAGCAUCAGUGCCUUUCAUUCGACACCUCACUCUGGCCUACACCUCGCAAGCGCUGCAGGGGGUUUGCAUGGGACUGCUUGACACGGGCGGCAACGUCCUCAUGCUGACGGUGUGGCGUGGGAGCAGGUAUGUCAAUGCAGCUGUGCACGGCUUCCACUUCCUUUUCGGACUCGGCGCUUUUAUCGCUCCGCUCGUCGUGGGCCUGGCCUUGUCCUACGAGCGCCCAGCUGUAGAGGCAUGGUUUUCUCCUGUUGCCGGCUUCCUCCCCGCGCUGCUGACACUGGCGCUGUUGGUUUCCCAUGUGCAGCCGAACACGGACACCGAGGAUGGAGGAACCAAGGCACUACCGAAGGUUGUCCUCUGGACUGGUGCGUUCCUCCUGAGCUACGUGGGAUUGGAGGUUGCCUUCGGAGGCUACGUGGACGCUUUUGCUGUGCGGCAUCUUCUCGUCUCCAAGGAGAAGAAGAAGCCCUCCGAGAUCGCAGCGCUCCUCAACAGGGACACAUCCACCCUGACACGCUGGCUGUGUAUGAAGAAAACUGCAAUGAAGCAGGGCAGACCAGAAGUGCUGACCGAUGCGAAGGUGGACUUUUUGGAACGCCGGCUGGAUGAGCUCAUCGUGAAAGCUGAUGGCCAAUGCACCAUCACAGUGGAGACGCUAAUGAAAUCGACCAAAUGCAAAGCAAGCAAGAAAUCAGUCCUGAAAGCCUUGCACAAGCGCAACAUCUACUAUCAGAAGCUUCGGGAAAAGCCGGUGCUGACUCCUGAGGACGUGAAGGCCAGGCUUGCAUUUGCGCCGUCAGUCGGUUCAUGCCUUUCCGAAGACCGCUCUUCGGCAGCGUUCCGGCCUGGCUUCGCACUGGAGCACCUCGCACAGUCAGUGGUGGAGUGCUGUGAGAUAUGGCAUCUUUACGACCGAGCACAAGCCAGCGGUGGACCAGUCAACCUUUACGAGGAAGCGCAGGAGCCUUUCAAUGCCAGCAUGUGGACCAAGCGCCGCCAGAAAGCAGAAGCAUCUGCUGCUGGUGCUGCUUCCGCUGCUGGCAAGAAGGCCAAAGUGGCCAAGUUCAACCUCAUGGACUUCACAGCCUUGGUGCUUGACAAGAACCUCACCACUCCAAAUGCCGUGCUUGCAUAUGUGCAGCAAAACGGGGAGUGUCGCUGGGCCUCGGCUGCUUCCGACUUCUUCCGCAGGAACCAGGCCACGGUGGACCCUGAGCUCCUUGCGGCAACCCUGGCCAACGUCAUUUGCUUUGGGCCGAGCAAGACGGCUGUGGAUUUUGCCCAGCCCUUGGUGCAUCCUCUCGUCCUGACAACAAGCAGCGCAAGAGGACAACUGAUCCAAGAGAACCAGUUCCGCUCCUCGGAGAGCAUGCUCCAACUUCAGCGGCAGAAUGCUGAGUUGCAGAGAUCGGUUGACUCGCUCCUCCAUCGCCUAAGCCGCGAGGGCGUCGUCGGCGCCGCCGACCUCAAGAAGGAUCGCCCAGCGGCGCACCUGGACCUCGCUGUGGAGCAGGCGGAACUGAAACUGGCAAGCUAUGGUGGGCCCACGGAAAGUCCAAGUGAGGUGCCAGAGGAGCCACCUCGCAAGCCCACGUUCUUCAACAAGCUGAGGUCAGCAGAGGAUACGCGGCAGCUUCACAAGGACGUGCUGACUAAUCUCGAGGACACGGAACUUCUUGGCGAGUCGCAGUUCCUCCGGCAAGGGAUGCGGAUUCGCCUCAAGGCCAAGCGUAUUGUGAAGCAUCCGGUCUUCGAGCUCUUCGUGAGUGCCGUCAUUUUCGCCAACUUGGUGACGCAGGGCCUGGAGCUGGAGCACUCGCUGCUUCCCGAGCCAAAAAGUGAAUGGCCUGCGGGCAUCGAGAUCGCAUUUCUUUCCUGGUAUGUGCUGGAGUGGCUGCUCCGUUUGGUAGCCAUUGGACCCACCAACUCCUUCUUGGACGGCUGGUUCUUAAUGGACACGGCGAUUAUACUCCUGAACUUCGCUGCCUUCAUCGUGGCCUCGUCUGGAGAUGUCGGCACAUUCCUGGCUAUCCGGGGGGUGCGGCUGAUUCGCCUAGGACGUUCGCUUCGAUUCACCACACGUUUCAGAAUCAUGUGGCACCUGCUCUACGGGCUGUUGUCCUCGGGGCAGGUCCUACUCGCGACCUUGGCGCUCAUGGUGCUUGCAGUGUACAUCUCUGCCUGUAUAGGAGUCGAGCUCAUCACUAGGGAUGCGGACCUCGCCGCAGACCCUGCGACCAGUUCGGUGGUGAGCAACAGCUUUGGCAGCCUUCGUCUGGCGAUGCUGACGAUCAUCCAGUUUAUCACCUUGGACUCAAUCCACCAGAUUUACAUCCCCUUGGUAGUCGCCAAGCCUAAUCUGAUCUUCUACUUCCUUGCGGUGCUUUUGAUCCUCCCCAUCACGCUCAUGAACCUGGUCACGGCAGUGCUGGUGGAGAACUCCCUGACCCAGGCGCAGCAAGAAGCGGACUACGAAAGCAAGGCCAAGUCUGAUGAGAUGAAGAAAGCAGUGCUGCAUUUGCUGGACAUCUUCAAGAAGCUGGACAACGACAAGGACGGCGGCCUCUCCCGUCAGGAGUUGGGUGCGCUUCCUGAAACUCUCAUCCCCCACGACUUGCUGGCAGCGCUGUGCGUUGACAACCUCGUCGAGCUGUUCGACUUGCUAGAUGUGGACCAAACAGGAACCAUCGACAGGGAUGAAUUCGUGGACGGUGUCCUCCACAUGAUUGUAAGGGACGUGCCGGUGGAGACGAUGAGGAUGAUGAGCAUGCUGCAAUCUGUGCAGCACCAUCUCACUUCUCUGGAUCAGACGCAGAGAUUGCUGAUGUUGAGAACUUCUGGAGAAGACGUGAGCUUCCUCUAA